GUGAUAAAACGUUUCUUCUGUUUUGAAAAAUAUAUUAUUCUAAUUUUAAAAAUAAUAAUAGCAACGGAGGACUUUUAGUCUUAAAAAAGUAAAUAUCCAUAAAACUCACAGGAUUAAAAAAACAAUGAACGCGUGAUUUUCUUUUAAAAAAAUAUCCUAUUAGAACUUAAAAAAUGGAUCAAGUAAACAACGACAAAAUGAUACCUUCGGUGCCAAUGCUGCCGAAAGGAAAUGAAGAAAAACUUGUCAUUAUCGCACCUCAUAAUGGAGUGGGUAAAAUUUUAAUUAGAGAAGAUACAAUGGUGGGAAAUAUCCAGGGGUGUGCAACAUGCGGCAGGGGACAAUUUACGUGUUCAGGUGUUAAAAACCAGUGGUCCGCUUUAUGUUGGGGGAAACAGUCUGGAAAAAAAUAUUAUACAUCACUAGUGAUACUCACAGCAACCUUCGUGCUCAGUUUAAUCGGCACGAUAUGCUUCUGCUUUACCAACACAAUCAAUGAUGCUGUGUUAUCGAGCAUGGUGAUCCGAAACAACUCCAUAGCGUACUCAAUAUGGCAGCACCCGAACGUGCAGCCCUUGAUGAAGGUGAGGCUGUUCAACUACACCAAUUGGGACCGAGUGCGGCUCGGGCUGGACGAGCGGCUCCAUGUGCAGGAGGUCGGGCCGUACGCGUACUCGCAAGACUUAGAACGAGUAAACGUAAACUUCCAAAAUGACAGAAUAACGUUCCAAGAGCGCAGUCAUUUCAAAUUCCUCCCGGACAGGACGGUCGGUGCACAGUUCGAUCAGAUCUACGUGCCGAAUCUGCCGUUACUGGGUGUGAUCUCCAAGACAGUGAGCAUGAACAUCAACACUCUGAUGCAGUUCUCCCUCAACUCCGGGCUGCAGUGGUCCGACCAUCCUGAGGCAUUCGUCAAACUGCCAGUUCACAGGUUCCUGUGGGGAUACGACGACAGCAUUAUCAACACGGCAAAGCCAUUUCUGAGCUUCGUGGGUCAGUGGAAGUUUGAAAAGUUCGGUCUACUUGCGAGCAAAAACGGCACUUUAUCGGAGAAGUUCACCAUCAACAGUGGAGAAAACGACAAGGACAGGAUGAACAUCCUCGAGAAGGUCGAUGGGGAAGAACAUUUGCCGUACUGGAGCAGCCCUGAGUGUAACAGCCUGGAGUCAUCAGACGGGUCCAUCUUCCCGCCCUCGCUGCUGGAUAGGAAGCAGACGCUCCACGUGUUCUAUCCGCAGUUGUGUCGCCGACUUCCCUUCAUAUACGAGAAGGAUGUUGAGAUUGCGGACGGAAUCCACCUCCUGCGUUACCGGAUGCCUAAGAACGUUUUCGACGAUCCCGCUAACAACCCGGCGAACCAGUGCUACUGCGAGAUCGACACGGGCACCUGCCCCCCGCGGGGGGUCAUUAACAUCACCGACUGCACCAUGGGAGCUCCAGCACUAGUGUCGUUCCCCCACUUCCACCUGGGCGAUCCUCGUCUCCGCGAGGAGGUGACCGGGCUACAACCAGACCCGGUGCUGCACGACUCUUACAUCGACUUCCAUCCUACGCUGGGAAUUGCUCUUAACGGGAAAUCUAGUCUCCAGAUCAACAUUCAAGUCAAAAAAUCCUCCACCUUCACAGUCCUCAAAGACUUGGACGAGGGACUCAUCCUGCCGGUGGCUUGGAUUGAAAUGGGCAUAGAAGAACUGCCGGAAAGCCUACGAUCUCUAGUAUACCACGGGACGUACUCGACGGCCGCUGUACAAUUAGGACUCAGCGUGUUCUGUAUCAUAGCUUUAAUUAUAUCGGGAAUCUGUCUGUUCUUCAUGUUCGAAGGCAGAAAACAAAAGUUGUGCGCGACCGUGCGAGUGGUGGGGGUGGGAACAGAACUAAAAGGGCAAACGCAACCUACUGUCCCUAGUAAAUAAAGUUACGUUCUAUCAAAUUGGCUAUUGAAAAGGUUUUUUGUGGCUUGAUGUACGCAAUUGUAAAAUGGAGUCGUUCGUCAUACACUGUAUUUUUUGUUCAGAUGAAAAAAAAAGACGAAUUGUUUAAGCAUUUCCCACGUGAAUUGCAUUAAUCUAAUUACACUUGAUCAUUUUAUUAAAGGGCAAGACCGCCAUUUUAACGACAUAAAAACACAUUCUACUGGGUUUUACGUAACCUUUAAUCGUGGCUAUGUGUUUUAAUGAUCCUACCUAAAUAUCUUCUAUGAUUUAAAAUUUGCUAUAAAAUCCUGAGACAGGAAGAUCUCAACACAACCUUGGACAAUGAUCCACAUCGGCCAUGCUCCUCUGAUGGUCAAAUGGCUAAGAUAGUUAAAUAAGUGUAAAAUGCGAUCAAUGUUAUAUAAUAUGCAGGUUUGUUUCUACCAACACCAUUAUCCUUCAUCAGCUUUGUACAUUAACGAAUUAAUGAAUGAAUUUUAUUUAUUUCGAUCUUCAGUGGUUAUUCGCAAUAAAACUACUUCCUUAGUUUAAAUAUUUUCACCACGUUUGGUAACUACCCAAAAGGCCCCGUUAUGAAACGGACUAAGCGGUUAGGCAUAAUAUAAAGGUAAAAGGACUCUCCCACCAGCUAUUCAUUGUUCUUUCAGCACUAAGUCCUAACUCUAUUGUAGAAUCUCAUUUAUUUUAUGUAUUUUUUUGAUACACUAUAUUAACAUAAUUAGGAAAGAUUAUUAUAUUUAAAUAUUUCGGACAGGCGCUAGAUUCGUAAGUUUUACUUGCGUAACUUUGGAAUACGUAAGCUGGUUACAGUAAUGUAGAAAAUUUUUCGCCACUUUUAAGUUACGUGUGUUAUAGUGUAAAUUUACGAAGUUCUGAAGGCUAAACAUGAGUACAUUUAUUGUAAUUAACUUACGUUAAUAUAUGUAAGUAAAACUUACAAAUAUAACACCUGCCUUAAAAAUAUACCGUGGAUGAAUUUGAAUCAGACACACAGACCAACCCCCGCAGUAAAUCAAAUGUAUUUUUUAUCCAUGCCAGAUGCACAUGGAAUCUUUUAUUUCGAAGGUGGCUGUUUCUUUUUUUAGGUCCCUAGCAAGCGCGAGGCCCUAGGCGGCUUCUCUGUUUGCCAACCCCUAAGACCAACGAUUUUUUUUUGACACUGUUUAUGUGUAAUUUUUUCUAUUUAUUGCCGAUGGACGGCAUCACGGUAUAAAAGUUGAUGCUAGUUAUCUGUGGCCUUAUUCUCUAUGACACAAGGGUGAUAAUAAGGACGUAACGCAUCGUCUCGCAGACAAUAAACAUUGGCAUUCAAAAUACCAUUCCACGCUAAUUUCACGAAGAUACCGUAACACGGCCAUGUUACGAGUUUACGCUGUCAUAUAGAAUAAGGCCCCUUAGUGAUAUGUAUAAUAUUUUGUUAUUUAUUUUUAAUUUAUACCGAAGAUCUUGUUUUUUAUUCUAAAGAUUAGAUAUUAUUGUAGUUAGAUUGCGUUAUGUACUAUAUUUCUAUGCUUAUAUUUAUAUGUAGAAUAGCAUUUUUCUUUUUAUGUAAAACUCGUUUCAACAAAAACGCACAAUUUAAUUUAAAAAUAAAAAAAUUAACGAAGCAACGUGUGCGAGUACUGCUAAAUGCAAAGUAUGUUUUAGAAUAAAAUUGUCUAAUUUGUACAAAUAAAUAUAUUAGGAUUAGUUUUCUAGACUUGGUAAUGUAUACGAAGUUAGAUAAGUACCUAACCGUUGAAUAAGGAUUGCCUUCUACUUAUAGUGUCGUGAUUUCUUAGAUUGUAAGAAAAAAAUGUAAAUAAAUGUUUUAAAUUUUCA